AAUUGUGUAAGCCGACUGAGCGGGAGACUGAGGGAGUCCUCGUCAUUCGAAACGGAAUUCUACGUUUCUUCACUGAUGUUCAGAUUUUUAUUCAAAAGCGGAUAAAAAAAAUUAACCGUUUUUCUUUUGGAUAGACAGAAACUGAUAGAGCUUGCAUCUCAAGUCUACGUGAUAUGAACUGAAAUAAACCUGCGGAAAGGAGCCAGAGAUGGACCAGAAUCUUUUUGGUGGGGCCCCUCGGUUCCUGACCCGACCCAAAGCCUUCUCCCUCAGCGUGGGUCGAGAUGCUACCCUCAGCUGCACUGUUGUAGGAAACCCUGUUCCUGCUGUCACCUGGGAGAAAGAGAAGCUGAAUAUCUCCACAGGAGGGCGCUUCAAAACAGUGGAGGAUGGGGAUGUGUAUCGGCUCACCAUCUACGAUCUGACACUGGAGGACAGCGGGCAGUAUUUGUGCCGUGCCAGGAAUAACGUGGGAGAGGCUUACGCAGCUGUAACGCUAAAGGUAGGCCUUCCGGCAAAGGUGGUUGAUCGAGCCCCCAUGUUCACGGCAAAGCCUAUCUCCACCCGUGUUGGAUUGGGGGGAGAAGUUACCUUCUUUUGUCGAGUGGCGGCCCACCCUGAUCCCCACUUUGAGUGGGAGAAGGAUGGCCGAUAUCUAGGUGAGACUAACCGAAUCAAGAUGACUGCAGACUGUGAGUCCAGCUCUCUGCACAUUCAGAGUGUCAGGAAUAUGGAUGCGGGAACCUACACCUGCCGUGUCCAGAACUCCAUUGGUCGUGCUCAGGCUGCUGCUGCUCUGGCAGUGGAUGUACAGGAUACACGACUGCUCAAUGUUGACAAGAGUACCUCCCUCCUCUCGCAUAUGCAGAAACGUAAGGAGGAGAUGAGCAAGGACAUCUCCUUCUACCGACUGGCAGACAGUUCUUCCAUUACCUCCACAUCUUUCUCUAAGACUGGGGAAGAUUUCAACAUUUUGGGGCUUGUCUCCAGUCAGGAACAGCAUGUAUCAGCAUUUACUGGUAAGCUGCCCAAAGGCAUCUUCACCAGAACAUGCAUGGUAACAGAGGGCAAGCAUGCCAAGCUCAGUUGCUUUGUCACUGGCCACCCCAAACCCCAAAUCAUCUGGAGGAAGGAUGGAUUGAAUAUCAUCGAAGGCCGCAGACAUGUCAUGUAUGAGGACCAAGCAGAGAAUUUCAUUCUCAAAGUCCUCUACUGCAAACAGAGUGAUAACGGCCUCUACACCUGCAAUGCUUCCAACAUGGCUGGGCAAACCUACAGUGCUGUGCUGGUAACUGUAAAAGAGCCAAAGGUGCCUUUUAAAAGGAAGCUGCAGGACGUGGAAGUGAAGGAGAAAGAGUCGGCCCUGCUGCACUGUGAGGUCCCUAUGGCAGCUAUGCAAACAAGCUGGUUCAUGGAAGAGACGCGCCUGCGGCAGAACGCAAAGUACCGCAUGGACGAGGAGGGCACACUGCGCCGCCUUACCAUCCACAACGUCACGACCAACGACGAUGCUGUCUACAUCUGCGAGAUGGAGGAGGGAAGCCGCACCGUGGCUGAGCUCACUGUUCUGGGCAACAUCACCAAGAAGCUACCAAGGAGGACAGUUGUGCCUGUGAGCGACACAGUGAUCUUCUGUGUAGAGCUGGAGCAACCUGUGGAUGAUGCUUUUUGGACCAGGAAUGGAGAGAAACUGAAGGAGGAUUCCAGGAUCACCACUGGCCGCACACUCAACCAGUACACCCUUACCAUCCAUGACUGCACCGCAGAGGACUCGGGCGAGGUGGCUUUUGUUGCUGGAGACUGUAAGACCUCCACUCGAUUUACUGUUACUGCACCAAGAAAGCAUCCCCCAGACCCCCCAGUGAACCCAACAACAUGUAACAAGACCGACACCUCCAUCACACUACACUGGUCACGGCCGGAUAGCGAGCGACCUGUGCCCAUCAAUGGUUAUGUUGUGGAGAAGAGGAAGGUGGGCACUCCAACCUGGGUUAGAGCCACGGACACAGAAACCGUGUCUAACAGUGAAUGUACCAUCAACAAUAUCACCGAGGAAGGCAGCUACCAAUUCCAUAUUUCAGCGGUCAACGACUUUGGUCAAAGUGCAUAUCUGGAGGUCCCUGGAACAUUUUACCUUGAACCCACAGGAUCAAUAAAGAGAGGACUGUUAAACUGCAGUACCCUCUGUGGUGAGGAAGCCACUUUCUCUGUGGAGUUGUCUGCUGUGUGCUCUGGCAUUUGGACCCUAAAUGGCCAAUUAAUCCGGAGUGGGGCAGAGUACCUCAUCACUCGUAGUAAGACCACCCACACACUUGUCAUCCGAGAGGUCACCACCGCACUUGAUGGCGCCCAGGUCAAAUUUGUGGGUGGAGGAUCAGAGAGCAUCUGCAAUCUCAGUGUAAAGCGUGCUCCUGCUCAUUUUACCAAAAAAUUUUCAAAUACAGAGGUGUUUACAUUCAUUGCUCACUCAUCUGCCCAGCUGCACACAGAAGUGUCAGAUGCCAGCAUCCAGGUCUCCUGGCUGAAGAAUGGCAAGGAACUGAGGAUGGGCAAGAAGUAUGAGGCUUCAAGUGUGGAUCGUAAACGCAUCUUGACAAUUCACAAUGUGACCAGUGAUGAUGCAGGGAUUUAUGAAUGUGUGUGUAAUGGUGAUAGGAUGUCCAUCCAGCUUGCUCUCAAAGAUGAGCCAGCUAAGUUUGUGAACAAGUCGAGAACUCAGCCCCAAGAGGUUUCUCCUGUUAUGGGUGAUGUGUUGCUGAGCUGUGAGGUGGCAUCCCCCAGAACUACUGUUGUGUGGAAGAAAGAGCACAAAGAGAUUGCAGAGGACAAGCGAACGACCCUUGUGUCCCAAGGGACGCAGAGAAAGGUGGUUAUCAAAGGAGCCAAGCAGAGCGAUGAGGGACGCUAUUCAUGUGAGACGACAGUGGACAAGAUCACAUUCCAGGUCAAAAUAAAAGAAACUCAAGCAGCCUUCACCAACAAGAACUCCUAUCAGAAGGAAGUGAGGGUAUCUGUCUCUCAGAAAGCCACACUGAGCUGUGAAGUUUCUGACUCCAAGACUGAGGUGAAAUGGUAUAAAAAUGGCAAGCAGCUGAGCUCUAGCAAGACUGUCCACAUGGAGGCACAAGGCAAAAGUCGUCAAUUGGUGUUGGACAGUGUGGAGAAGAAGGAUGCUGGAGAAUACACCUGUGAAGUGGGGAAUGAGAAGAUGGUCUAUAAGAUUCAUGUGGCAGAAACUCAAGAUGCUUUCUCCAACAAGGACUCCUAUCAGAAGGAGGUGAGGGUAUAUGUCUCUCAGAAAGCCACACUGAGCUGUGAAGUUUCUGACUCCAAGACUGAGGUGAAAUGGUAUAAAAAUGGCAAGCAGCUGAGCUCUAGCAAGACUGUCCACAUGGAGGCACAAGGCAAAAGUCGUCAAUUGGUGUUGGACAGUGUGGAGAAGAAGGAUGCUGGAGAAUACACCUGUGAAGUGGGGAAUGAGAAGAUGGUCUUUAAGAUGUCUGUGGCAGAAACACAACCUGCUUUCACCAGCAAGGACUCCUAUCAGAGAGAGGUGAAAGUAACUGUCUCUCAGAAAGCCACACUGAGCUGUGAAGUUUCUGACUCCAAGACUGAGGUGAAAUGGUAUAAAAAUGGCAAGCAGCUGAGCUCUAGCAAGACUGUCCACAUGGAGGCACAAGGCAAAAGUCGUCAAUUGGUGUUGGACAGUGUGGAGAAGAAGGAUGCUGGAGAAUACACCUGUGAAGUGGGGAAUGAGAAGAUGGUCUUUAAGAUGUCUGUGGCAGAAACACAACCUGCUUUCACCAGCAAGGACUCCUAUCAGAGAGAGGUGAAAGUAACUGUCUCUCAGAAAGCCACACUGAGCUGUGAAGUUUCUGACUCCAAGACUGAGGUGAAAUGGUAUAAAAAUGGCAAGCAGCUGAGCUCUAGCAAGACUGUCCACAUGGAGGCACAAGGCAAAAGUCGUCAAUUGGUGUUGGACAGUGUGGAGAAGAAGGAUGCUGGAGAAUACACCUGUGAAGUGGGGAAUGAGAAGAUGGUCUUUAAGAUGUCUGUGGCAGAAACACAGCCUGCUUUCACCAGCAAGGACUCCUAUCAGAGAGAGGUGAAAGUAACUGUCUCUCAGAAAGCCACACUGAGCUGUGAAGUUUCUGACUCCAAGACUGAGCUGAAAUGGUAUAAAAAUGGCAAGCAGCUGAGCUCUAGCAAGACUGUCCACAUGGAGGCACAAGGCAAAAGUCGUCAAUUGGUGUUGGACAGUGUGGAGAAGAAGGAUGCUGGAGAAUACACCUGUGAAGUGGGGAAUGAGAAGAUGGUCUUUAAGAUGUCUGUGGCAGAAACACAACCUGCUUUCACCAGCAAGGACUCCUAUCAGAGAGAGGUGAAAGUAACUGUCUCUCAGAAAGCCACACUGAGCUGUGAAGUUUCUGACUCCAAGACUGAGGUGAAAUGGUAUAAAAAUGGCAAGCAGCUGAGCUCUAGCAAGACUGUCCACAUGGAGGCACAAGGCAAAAGUCGUCAAUUGGUGUUGGACAGUGUGGAGAAGAAGGAUGCUGGAGAAUACACCUGUGAAGUGGGGAAUGAGAAGAUGGUCUUUAAGAUGUCUGUGGCAGAAACACAACCUGCUUUCACCAGCAAGGACUCCUAUCAGAGAGAGGUGAACGUAACUGUCUCUCAGAAAGCCACACUGAGCUGUGAAGUUUCUGACUCCAAGACUGAGGUGAAAUGGUAUAAAAAUGGCAAGCAGCUGAGCUCCAGCAAGACUGUACACAUGGAGACAAAGGACAAAAUUCGCCAACUACUGUUGGACAGUGUAGAGAAGAAAGAUGCUGGAGAAUACACCUGUUUAUUGGGGAAUGAGAAGAUGGUCUUUAAGGUUCAGGUGGAAGGUCCUCCAGAAACUCAAGCAGCCUUCACCAACAAGGACUCCUUUCAGAAAGAAGUGAGGGUAUCUGUCUCUCAAAAAGCCACACUUAGCUGUGAAGUGUCUGAUUCCAAGACUGAGGUGAAAUGGUAUAAAGAUGGCAAGCAGCUGAAUUUCAGCAAGACUGUCCAAAUAGAGGCAAAGGGUAAAAGUCGUCAACUGGUGCUGGACAGUGUGGAGAAGAAGGAUGGUGGAGAAUACACCUGUGUAUUGGGCAAUGAGAAGAUGGUCUUUAAGGUUUCUGUGGCAGACGUUUCUGCUAAAUUCCAGAGGAAACCUGGAGUGACGGAAACUGUAGUGGUGCAACAAAGUGAGAACAUUAGUCUGAAUACUGAGGUGACAUCUGAAAAUGCUAGUGUUAGCUGGUUCAGGGAUGGAGUACAACUGAAAGAGGGUGAUAGGUAUGAAAUGAAAACAGAAGGUCUCUCUCGUGCCCUCAUCAUUAAGUCUUGUGAAGCAAAGGAAAGUGGCACUUAUAUGUGUCAGAUGGCUGGUGACAAGAUGGAAUUCAAAGUUCAAAUAAAAGAAGCUCCACUAAAGUUUGUGGUUGGGUUAGAGCCAACAUCUGUAGCCCUGGAGGGCAAUAUCAUUCUGUCUUGCCAACUGAACAGAGCUGUAGGUGAUGUGGUCUGGAGACAUAAUGGCAAGGAAAUUAAGCCUGGUGGAAGGUAUACCAUCCAUGCUGAUGGAGCUCGACGUUUGCUGAAUGUGUCCUCUGUAGCACGGGAAGAUGAAGGAGAGUACAGCUGUGAAUGCAAAGAUGAUAAGACCAUUGCCAAGAUCACAACUAAGACUCCACGACUGGUAAAGUUCAUUUCCAAGAUGAGCAACAUUGUUGCAAAUGAAGGGAAGGAUGCCAUUUUUAAAUGCUCCAUCACCCCUGUUGAUGUGAGUGUGAGGUGGCUGUGGAAUGAUGUGCCUGUAACCACUGGGUCGAAGUUCAAGAUUGCUCAUGGGGGCAACAGCCAUUCUCUUACUAUCACUGCAGUCACAGCAGAGGAUGCAGGAGAGGUCAGCGUGGAUGCAGAAGGGAAGGUGUCUAAAGCAACUCUACAAGUGCAACAGCUUCCUGUUACCUUCAAGAAGAAGUUGGAGAACAUAACAGUUCAAGAGCUGGACACAGUGAAGCUGGAGGUAGAACUGAGCAGGCCAUCCAGGGAGGUUAAGUGGAUGAGGAAUGGAGUGGUACUGCAGCCUGGGGGCAAUCUAAAGAUUCAGUUCGAUGGCACCAAUCACAUUCUGAUACUUCAGAGUGUGACCUAUGCUGAUCGAGGGCUCUACUCAUGUGAAACUCUAGAUGACAAGACUCAGGCCAAACUGACAGUAGAAAUGAAGAAGAUUGAGAUAGUCAAGGGCUUAAAGGAGAUAACAGUCCAUGAACAGGAGACAGUGACUAUGGAGGUUGAACUUACCCAGCCUGAUGUAGAGGGUUCCUGGAGCAAGGAUGGACAGAAACUGAGAGCAGGCCUCAAGAUCCGUAUUAUGGCUCUGGGCAAUAAGCACUCAUUGACCAUGUCCCAGCUAAAGAUGGAGGAUGCUGGCACCAUCUCUUUUCAAGCUGAAGGUGUCCAUACCUCUGGAAGACUCACAGUCACAGAACCUGCUGCAAAGUUUAUCAGACCACUAGAAGAUGUCAAAGCUCCAGAAAAGGAAAAAGUCACAUUUGAGUGUGAAGUGUCCAGAGUAAAUGCUGACGUAAAGUGGUUCAUGGAUGAGGAUGAGUUGAAACCAGGAAAGAAAUAUGCUAUGCAUUCCCAUGGCCACAAGCGUAGCCUCCUUAUACAGAAAUGCACUUAUGAAGACCAAGGCCAAUAUGUAUGCAAAACACAGGACGACAACACCUCAGCGAAGCUCAUGGUUCAUGCCAGAGAUAUUAAGGUCAUAAAGCAUCUGCAGGACCUGGAGGUAACGGAGAAGGAGAGUGCAGUGUUUGUCUGUGAAGUGUCCCAUGAGGAGGUUGUUGGCCAGUGGUAUAAGGGUGAUGUCAAACUCAAUCCUGGUGACAAAAUCAAGAUGAGACAAGAAGGAAGAGCAUAUGUUCUUCUCUUCAAAUCUGUGAAGGCUGAAGAUGCAGGUGAAAUUAAGUUUAAGGCUGAGACAGCAUCAUCAACUGCUAUGCUAAAGGUUAAAGAGCUACCAGUGAGAUUUGUAAAGAAACUGAGAGACAAAAUUGCCAUGUACAGACACCGUGGACACUUAGAGUGUCAGGUGUCUCAAGCUAGUGCCAAGGUUACAUGGUAUAAGAACAAAAAGGAAAUCAAGCCCAGCAAAAAACAUGACAUAUCCAGUGAGGAUGUCUACCGUAAACUCACCAUCAAUGACGUGGACUCUGAUGAUGAGGCUACAUACACAUGUGAUGCCACUGAUGACAAGACCUCAUGUCAACUGCUUGUGGAGGAGCAGGCCAUCAGCAUUGUGAAGGAGCUUAGUGCAGUGGAGGUGACAGAACCAUUUGCAGCUCACUUUGAGGUGGAAAUCAGUGUGGAAACAGUCAAGCCAGUGAAAUGGAGCCUGAAUGGAGAAUAUCUUAAGGAGAGCAGUGACAUUGAAAUGGAGAAGAAAGGAACAAUGCAUCGGCUUACGUUCAAGAAAACCAAGUCCUCCAUGUCAGGCACUAUGCAGUUCACUGCUGGAAAAAGCAAAUCUACUGCACAGCUCACUGUGAAAGAACGUCCCAUCGAGGUGGUAGAACCUCUCAAAGAUCUGACUGGCAAGGAGAAGGCCUCAGUGAGGCUGACAUGUAAACUGUCAGCUAUUCCUAAAGAAGUGUCUUGGUUUAAGGGUCAGACUGCCUUGAAAGGUUCUUGCAAGUACAUCAUGAAGCAAAACUCUUCUGAAGUGCAGCUGACAAUUCAGGCAUUGGAUGCAGAUGAUGCUGGAGUGUAUCGCUGCCAGGUCGGGAGCUGUGAAAGCAAGGCCAAGCUCACUAUUGAAGUGCGUAAAGUUCAGAUCACCAAACCCCUGGUAGACGUGGAGGUUGAGGAGGGUAGUGAUGCAGCAUUUACCUGUGAGGUGAACUAUGCUGAUGAGGAAGCUCAGUGGUUCCUCAAUGCCAAGCCACUCUUCAGCAAUGAAGUUAAUGUCAUCCAGCAUGUGGGCAAGAUAUAUUCUCUCACCUUGAAGAACUUGACACCACAUGAUGGAGGGAUAAUCACCUUCAGAGUUAGAGAAGAGAAGGAGACUGUCUGCCUGAAAGUGAAAGAAAAGAAGGCUAUUUUCCUUAAGAUGCUGGAUGAUGUAAUUGGAGAAGAAAAGGGCACAGUAACCCUGAAUUGUGAAGCCUCAAAGCCCAUGGUGUCUCCUAUUUGGCGGAAAGAUGGUACAGUCCUCUCUGUAGGCAAAAAGUAUGAAGUCCUACAUGAUGGCAGAAUUCUGGGUCUGACUAUCCAUGACAUCACGAAGGCGGAUGCAGGACAGUACAGCUGUGAUCUUGGCACAGACCUUACAAAGUCUACAGUUACUGUAAGAGACAUCAGCAUUGGUAUCACCAAGCGCCUGAAAUCAGUGGAGGCUAAGGCAGGCGAGAGCUGCAUGUUUGAGUGUAUCCUGUCCCGAGAAAGUUCAGAUGCAUGUUCCUGGACCUUGAAAGGCCAACUUGUAACUAGUGGAGGACGUUUCCAGAUCAGCAGCAAAGGCCGCAAGUAUACUCUGACCAUCAAAGGAGUUACUGCAUCUGACUCUGGGGAGGUUGUCUUCAUGUUGAAGGACUUGAAGUCUAGGGCAACACUGUCUGUUGAAGGUGAAGCCCCCGUCAUCUCCAAAGAGCUCCAAAGGGUUAGUGCUGCUCUUGGAGAAGAUGCUACCUUUUUCUGUGAGCUCUCUCAAACUGGCCUGGAGACCAGCUGGUCUAAGGAUGGAAAAUACAUCCAGAAGAGCCAAAAGUAUGAGGUCUUUCAGGAUAAUAAAGUUGUGAAGCUUAUUGUCCACAGUGUCACUGCUAAGGAUUCUGGAGAAUACUGCUGUGAAGUCACUGGAGGGCUCAUGUCAAAGGCUAGACUGGAGAUCAAAGAGCCAGUGAACAAGUUCACUCAUGAGCUCAAGGAUACUAUGGCAGAAGAGAAGGGUACUGUCAAUUUUGAAUGUGAAACAGCCCAACCUGCUGCCAGAGUCACUUGGCUGAAAGGUACAAAGGAGAUCAACGCUGGAGGAAAGUACCAGAUGACACAAAAAGGAUCCAUCCUCAUUCUCACAGUGAAGGACUUGGAGAAGGGUGAUGAUAAUGCAUACUCCUGUGAUAUAGGGACUGCCAAGAGCACUGCACAGUUGACUGUACAAGUGGUGCCUGCCAGAUUCAUACAACAUCUGAAGAAUCAAGAAGCUAUGGAAGGUGACAAAUUCUUGCUUCAGUGUGAGCUCUCAAAACCGGGCCCUGAAGUACUGUGGAAAAAGGGAAUAGAAAAUCUGAGAUCAGGAGGGAAAUAUGAAAUAACACACAGGGACACCACAUUCCAACUGCAAGUCAAAGAUAUAGUGCCUGAAGACAGUGCAGAGUACUCUUGUGAGUGUGGAGACCAGAGGACCACAGCAUCUGUAAUUGUCAAGGCUAUGCCAGUCAUUUUCAAGCAAAAGCUUCUGGAUCAGGAGUGUGAUGAGGGCAGCAAUGUUACACUGCAUUGUGAACUCUCUAAACCUGGAGUCCCUGUGGAGUGGAGGAAGGGAACACAGGUGAUCCAGCCUGGAGGAAAAUACCUCAUCAAGCAGACUGGAGCUGCUCUGGAGCUGAAAAUCACUGAUGUUAAAACUGAAGAUGCUGGGCAGUACACAUGCAUGUGUGGAGACCAGAAGACCACAGCAAACAUGAAGAUCAAAGCUUUGCCAGCUAUAUUCAAGCAUGAGCUGCAGAACCAGGAGUGUGAUGAGGGCAGCAAUGUUAUGCUGCAUUGUGAACUCUCUAAACCUGGAGUCCCUGUGGAGUGGAGGAAGGGAACACAGGUGAUCCAGCCUGGAGGAAAAUACCUCAUCAAGCAGACUGGAGCUGCUCUGGAGCUGAAAAUCACUGAUGUUAAAACUGAAGAUGCUGGGCAGUACACAUGCAAGUGUGGAGACCAGAAGACCACAGCAAACAUGAAGAUCAAAGCUUUGCCCGUGAUAUUCAAGCGUGAGUUGCAGAACCAGGAGUGUGAUGAAGGCAGCAGUGUUACUCUGCUCUGUGAAAUCUCUAAACCUGGAGUCCCUGUGGAGUGGAGGAAGGGAACACAGGUGAUCCAACCUGGAGGAAAAUACCUCAUCAAGCAGACUGGAGCUGCUCUGGAGCUGAAAAUCACUGAUGUUAAAACUGAAGACGCUGGUCAGUACACAUGCAUGUGUGGAGAUCAGAAGACCACAGCAAACAUGAAGAUUAAGGCUUUGCCAGUGAUAUUCAAGCUUGAGUUACAGAACCAGGAGUGUGAUGAGGGCAGCAGUGUUACUCUGCUCUGUGAAAUCUCUAAACCUGGAGUCCCUGUGGAGUGGAGGAAGGGAACACAGGUGAUCAAGUCUGGAGGAAAAUAUCUCAUCAAGCAGACUGGAGCUUCUCUGGAGCUGAGGAUCACUAAUGUUAAACCUGAAGAUGAUGGCCAGUACACAUGCGUGUGUGGAGACCAGAAGACCACAGCAAACAUGAAGAUCAAAGCUUUGCCCGUGAUAUUCAAGUGUGAGUUGCAGAACCAGGAGUGUGAUGAGGGCAGCAGUGUUACUCUGCUCUGUGAAAUCUCUAAACCUGGAGUCCCUGUGGAGUGGAGGAAGGGAACACAGGUGAUCAAGUCUGGAGGAAAAUAUCUCAUCAAGCAGACUGGAGCUUUUCUGGAGCUGAGGAUCACUAAUGUUAAACCUGAAGAUGAUGGCCAGUACACAUGCGUGUGUGGAGACCAGAAGACCACAGCAAACAUGAAGAUCAAAGCUUUGCCCGUGAUAUUCAAGCGUGAGUUGCAGAACCAGGAGUGUGAUGAGGGCAGCAGUGUUACUCUGCUCUGUGAAAUCUCUAAACCUGGAGUCCCUGUGGAGUGGAGGAAGGGAACACAGGUGAUCAAGUCUGGAGGAAAAUAUCUCAUCAAGCAGACUGGAGCUUCUCUGGAGCUGAGGAUCACUAAUGUUAAACCUGAAGAUGCUGGCCAGUACACAUGCGUGUGUGGAGACCAGAAGACCACAGCAAACAUGAAGAUCAAGACUUUGCCAGCUAUAUUCAAGCGUGAGUUGCAGAACCAGGAGUGUGAUGAGGGCAGCAAUGUUACGCUGCAUUGUGAACUCUCUAAACCUGGAGUCCCUGUGGAGUGGAGGAAGGGAACACAGGUGAUCCAGCCUGGAGGAAAAUACCUCAUCAAGCAGACUGGAGCUGCUCUGGAGCUGAAAAUCACUGAUGUUAAAACUGAAGAUGCUGGGCAGUACACAUGCAUGUGUGGAGACCAGAAGACCACAGCAAACAUGAAGAUCAAAGCUUUGCCUGUGAUAUUCAAGCGUGAGUUGCAGAACCAGGAGUGUGAUGAGGGCAGCAGUGUUACUCUGCUCUGUGAAAUCUCUAAACCUGGAGUCCCUGUGGAGUGGAGGAAGGGAACACAGGUGAUCAAGUCUGGAGGAAAAUAUCUCAUCAAGCAGACUGGAGCUUCUCUGGAGCUGAGGAUCACUAAUGUUAAAACUGAAGAUGCUGGCCAGUACACAUGCGUGUGUGGAGACCAGAAGACCACAGCAAACAUGAAGAUCAAGACUUUGCCAGCUAUAUUCAAGCGUGAGUUGCAGAACCAGGAGUGUGAUGAGGGCAGCAAUGUUACGCUGCAUUGUGAACUCUCUAAACCUGGAGUCCCUGUGGAGUGGAGGAAGGGAACACAGGUGAUCCAGCCUGGAGGAAAAUACCUCAUCAAGCAGACUGGAGCUGCUCUGGAGCUGAAAAUCACUGAUGUUAAAACUGAAGAUGCUGGGCAGUACACAUGCAUGUGUGGCGACCAGAAGACCACAGCAAACAUGAAGAUCAAAGCUUUGCCAGCUAUAUUCAAGCGUGAGUUGCAGAACCAGGAGUGUGAUGAGGGCAGCAAUGUUACGCUGCAUUGUGAACUCUCUAAACCUGGAGUCCCUGUGGAGUGGAGGAAGGGAACACAGGUGAUCCAGCCUGGAGGAAAAUACCUCAUCAAGCAGACUGGAGCUGUUCUGGAGCUGAAAAUCACUGAUGUUAAAACUGAAGAUGCUGGGCAGUACACAUGCAUGUGUGGAGACCAGAAGACCACAGCAAACAUGAAGAUCAAAGCUUUGCCUGUGAUAUUCAAGCGUGAGUUGCAGAACCAGGAGUGUGAUGAGGGCAGCAGUGUUACUCUGCUCUGUGAAAUCUCUAAACCUGGAGUCCCUGUGGAGUGGAGGAAGGGAACACAGGUGAUCAAGUCUGGAGGAAAAUAUCUCAUCAAGCAGACUGGAGCUUCUCUGGAGCUGAGGAUCACUAAUGUUAAAACUGAAGAUGCUGGCCAGUACACAUGCGUGUGUGGAGACCAGAAGACCACAGCAAACAUGAAGAUCAAGACUUUGCCAGCUAUAUUCAAGCGUGAGUUGCAGAACCAGGAGUGUGAUGAGGGCAGCAAUGUUACGCUGCAUUGUGAACUCUCUAAACCUGGAGUCCCUGUGGAGUGGAGGAAGGGAACACAGGUGAUCCAGCCUGGAGGAAAAUACCUCAUCAAGCAGACUGGAGCUGCUCUGGAGCUGAAAAUCACUGAUGUUAAAACUGAAGAUGCUGGGCAGUACACAUGCAUGUGUGGAGACCAGAAGACCACAGCAAACAUGAAGAUCAAAGCUUUGCCUGUGAUAUUCAAGCGUGAGUUGCAGAACCAGGAGUGUGAUGAGGGCAGCAGUGUUACUCUGCUCUGUGAAAUCUCUAAACCUGGAGUCCCUGUGGAGUGGAGGAAGGGAACACAGGUGAUCAAGUCUGGAGGAAAAUAUCUCAUCAAGCAGACUGGAGCUUCUCUGGAGCUGAGGAUCACUAAUGUUAAAACUGAAGAUGCUGGCCAGUACACAUGCGUGUGUGGAGACCAGAAGACCACAGCAAACAUGAAGAUCAAGACUUUGCCAGCUAUAUUCAAGCGUGAGUUGCAGAACCAGGAGUGUGAUGAGGGCAGCAAUGUUACGCUGCAUUGUGAACUCUCUAAACCUGGAGUCCCUGUGGAGUGGAGGAAGGGAACACAGGUGAUCCAGCCUGGAGGAAAAUACCUCAUCAAGCAGACUGGAGCUGCUCUGGAGCUGAAAAUCACUGAUGUUAAAACUGAAGAUGCUGGGCAGUACACAUGCAUGUGUGGCGACCAGAAGACCACAGCAAACAUGAAGAUCAAAGCUUUGCCAGCUAUAUUCAAGCGUGAGUUGCAGAACCAGGAGUGUGAUGAGGGCAGCAAUGUUACGCUGCAUUGUGAACUCUCUAAACCUGGAGUCCCUGUGGAGUGGAGGAAGGGAACACAGGUGAUCCAGCCUGGAGGAAAAUACCUCAUCAAGCAGACUGGAGCUGUUCUGGAGCUGAAAAUCACUGAUGUUAAAACUGAAGAUGCUGGGCAGUACACAUGCAUGUGUGGAGACCAGAAGACCACAGCAAACAUGAAGAUCAAAGCUUUGCCUGUGAUAUUCAAGCGUGAGUUGCAGAACCAGGAGUGUGAUGAGGGCAGCAGUGUUACUCUGCUCUGUGAAAUCUCUAAACCUGGAGUCCCUGUGGAGUGGAGGAAGGGAACACAGGUGAUCAAGUCUGGAGGAAAAUAUCUCAUCAAGCAGACUGGAGCUUCUCUGGAGCUGAGGAUCACUAAUGUUAAAACUGAAGAUGCUGGCCAGUACACAUGCGUGUGUGGAGACCAGAAGACCACAGCAAACAUGAAGAUCAAGACUUUGCCAGCUAUAUUCAAGCGUGAGUUGCAGAACCAGGAGUGUGAUGAGGGCAGCAAUGUUACGCUGCAUUGUGAACUCUCUAAACCUGGAGUCCCUGUGGAGUGGAGGAAGGGAACACAGGUGAUCCAGCCUGGAGGAAAAUACCUCAUCAAGCAGACUGGAGCUGCUCUGGAGCUGAAAAUCACUGAUGUUAAAACUGAAGAUGCUGGGCAGUACACAUGCAUGUGUGGCGACCAGAAGACCACAGCAAACAUGAAGAUCAAAGCUUUGCCCGUGAUAUUCAAGCGUGAGCUGCAGAACCAGGAGUGUGAUGAGGGCAGCAGUGUUUCCCUUCACUGUGAAAUCUCUAAACUUGGAGUCCCUGUGGAGUGGAGGAAGGAAACACAGGUGAUCAAUUCUGGGGGAAAAUAUCUCAUCAAGCAGACUGGAGCUGUUCUGGAGCUGAAAAUCACUAAUGUUAAACUUGAAGAUGCUGGCCAGUACACAUGCUUGUGUGGAGAUCAGAAGACCACAGCAAACAUGAAGAUUAAGGAACUUGUAACCAUUGAGACUGGGUUGAAGAGCUGCAUUGUAAAUGAAGGGGAUGAUGUAUCUUUUGAGUGCUUCGUGUCUCAAGAAAAUUUCCAAGAUGUUCAGUGGGCACUUCAGGAUAUCCCCCUCCAGAAAAAUGAGAUGAAUGACAUCCGAAUGGAGGGCAAAAGGCAUAUUCUUUUCCUACGGAGUGUCACCCCAAAAUAUUCUGGCACUGUGACCUUCCAUGUGGGUGAUCACACAUCUUUUGCUUGUCUCACGGUCAAAGCAGUCCCUGUGAUAUCCUUUGCUAAGGAUCUGGAGAGCCAGCAAGUCACAGAAGGAGACAGUGCCACCCUUUGCUGUGAAACGUCAGUCUCUGAUGCUCCUGUGACCUGGAUGAAAGGCAAAAAAGUUCUGUGUGAGGGCGAGAAGUAUACUAUUCGGAAAGAUGGAGUUAUCCAAACUCUGGUGGUCUGUAAUCUGUCAAUGGAUGAUGCUGGUGAAUACAUAUGUAAAGUAGGAAAAAAACAAAGCAUUGCAACCUUGACCAUCAAAGAACCUGUACGAAUUACAAGAGAACUUAAGGAUGUAACAGUGACGUCUGGCGAGGAUGCUGUGUUCCAUUGUGAGGUGUCUCAGAUGGGAGUAACUUGUGCUGAAUGGUGGUUGGGUUCCAAUCUCCUGCAAAACAAUGACUUGAAUCAAAUCAGCUAUCGAGGGAGGGAACACAGCCUAGUGCUGAAAAUGGUCACACCUGAUGACUCUGGUGAUGUAGCCUUUGUGGUUGGCUGCAAAAGGAGUGUUGCCUGCUUGGUGGUGCAGGAGAAACCCAAAGUUGUAUUCUUAGAGAAACCUCUGGACAUAAUGGCCAAAGAGGGAGAGAUGGUCACUCUGUCAUGCAUGACCUCCAGCCCUGAGGCCUCUGUCGUCUGGUACAGAAAUGAUGUAUUGAUUAAGGUAGGGGACAGACACCUAUUCUACAAAGAUAGAGCCAUCCACCAACUACGUAUCCUUAGGGUGAGGGAGACGGAUGCAGGACAAUACACCUGCGAAACUGGAGAUUCACAAAGCAGCGCCACUCUUACUGUUAAAGGAAUACCAGCAUUCUUCUGCAAGGAAUUAGAGAACCAGGAUGCUGUUGAAGGUGACACAGUUACCUUAAGCUGUGAGCUUUCCAAGCCAGAUGUCAGUGUAGAAUGGCGUAAAGGGGGAGUAGUUUUGCAACCUGAUAAGAAAUAUGAGCUGAAAAAAGAUGGAUGCAUACAAGAGCUCCACAUCUAUGACCUGAAACCAGAGGAUGGUGGCUACUACACUUGUGAUGCUGGACACCAGUUGACAACAGCUUCAGUUUCAGUGCAAGAAGCUGAGGUGCUCAUAGUGUCUGGUUUAAAGAACACUGAUGUGUUUGUGGGAGAGCAGGCAGUCUUCUCCUGCCAGCUGUCUCGACAUGCCAAAGGGAGAGUCCAGUGGUGGCUGGAUGGCACCCGUUUGGAGAACUUUCCCUUCAGUCUUAUUGGGGUGGGUGAAGACAAUGUUCACACCCUCACCCUAAAGAACCUUGCACCAAAUGACUCGGGCACCAUCCUGUUCAAAACGGGCAGCUUGACAUCUACAGCGAGACUGUUAGUGAAAGGUACCAGACUAGAUCCCACUGUGGAGGUGGUCAGUGCCAUGGAAGACAUCCACAUAGCAGAGAACCAGCCAGCAGAGUUCGUCUGCCAAUAUUCCCGGCCGGUCAAGGCGACAUGGAAACAAAAUGGGAAGCUUGUGCAGCCUGAUGGCCACAGGGUAGUAGUGGAGCAGGACUGGAAUGUAGCGCGGUUGUACAUUAGCCAUGUAACCUUGCAGGACAUGGGUAUAUACUCCUGUGAGGCAGAAGGGACCUAUGUUGAGGCACAUCUGAGGGUGCAAGCUAAGCAAAUUGACAUCAUUCAAGGUCUGGAUAAUGUAGAGACCAUUGAAGGUGGUGAGGCACUAUUUGAGUGCUCUUUAUCUUGCCCUGAGACCACAGACUGUCAUUGGUUGAUCGAUGGCAAACCCGUGAGGGCAAAUGAGAAAGUGGAAAUUGUUUCCUUUGAGAGUGGUCGUCGUCAUCUUUUGCUGCUGAAGGACUUGCAUCCUAGUGACAAUUGUACGGUAACCUUCCAAGCUGGCACCGCAUCAACUUCUGCCCUUCUUUCAGUUAAAGGCUGGAAACUGGAAGUGGUAAAACCCUUAGAGGAUAGGACAGCCAUUGUUGGUGAGCAAGUGGAGUUCACAUGUGUUUUGAAUGAGCCUGUGCCAGAAAAUGAGGUGAACUGGUAUGCUAAUGGCUCUGAACUUCGGCUGGGUGACCUUUGGGUCAUGAAAGUUAAGGGAUGUACAUGUAGCCUGAUCCUGAAAAAAGCGCAAGUUCAGCCACCUCAGGAAAUCACCUUUGCUGUUCAGGAUGCCAUUUCAGUUGCCAAGUUAAUUACUAUUACUGUACCAGAUCCCCCUGAGGAUCCAGAACUGGUGAGUAAGGGGCCAACAUCAGUGACUCUGUCCUGGUUCACACCUCUCAGUAAUGGGGGAAGUCCUAUUCUGGGCUACCGUGUUGAGAUGCGGCAGGUGGACAGUGCACUGUGGCAGCCUUGCCAUUCAGAGCCAGUUUGCAGUACUGAGCUUCUGGUUGAUAACCUUAUCCCUGGAUCAGGAUACAGGUUCCGAGUGGCAGCUAUUAACCAUGCUGGCGUUGGUGACCCUGUUCAGCUUCCGCAAACUGUUACACUCGAUGUACCAGUGACUGUGAUCAGAAAGUUAACGUGCUCUAAGCUCCAAAAGGGUAAGAUGAUUCGUCUGGAAUGUGAGAUAUCUUCUGAGAACAGGUCAGUCAUAUGGCUGAAAGACAACCAAGAGACUGAGAUGGGAGCCAAGUUCCAGAUGCUAACAGAAGGCAAAUCCCAGAUUUUGCUCAUUAAGGAUUUCCAGUUUGCUGAUCAGGGUAUCUAUACAUGUGUCGCAACAGAGGAUGCCAAAACUUCAAUCAGCCUUAAUCUUGAAGGAGAUGAUACAGCAGUUUGUCAGCUUGAGGGAGAGGAGGGUGGUCAACCUGGUCUGCCACCUGAGUCUGCCUUAGAGGGUGAUUUACAUGCUUUAUGGGAGUCUGUAGCUAAGAGGCGCAGGAUGAGCAGGGAACCCACACUGGAUUCAAUCUCUGAGCUGCCAGAAGAAGAUGGAAAAGAAAAGGCACCAGACCAGAAAGGUAAAGGGUUGGAGAAAGAGCAGAUUAAAGGGAAGGAGAGACCUAGUGAAUUUAGCCCUAGUGUCAAACCCGGGCCACAUCUUUACACAAGCUCUGAUGAUGAGUCAGUCAGCGAAACUUCAAGUUUGGUAUCCUACCUCAAGAAGAGCAGCAAAUCAGGUUUCACAUUGGAAGGUGAAAGUGGAACCACUGCAUCCAAGAAGUUGUACAAACAUUUCCAAAUGACUGAGGAAUCAUUGCAGCAGAAAACAGUAGAAACACUUAUGGAGGUUAAAAAGGAUGAUGAGUCAGAGCAGCAAGAAGCAGCUAUCAAGAUUCAGGCAGCAUUUAAAGGCUAUAAGGCCAGAAAGGACAUGCGACCUACCUUCAGAGAAAUAUUUAAGGACCAGACCAAAGAGCCUAAUGGAACAAUUCAUCUUGAAUGUGUGACAGAAGGGAAGCCAGAAAAGGUUCGUUGGCUGAAAGAUGGUGAGUCCCUUACAGAUGGCAAGCACUACCAUAUUGACAUCUACAAUGAUGGCACUUGCUCUCUGAUUGUGACAGCUGCUACCACCAAAGACACUGGUGUAUACACUUGUGAGGUCACAAACAAAUUUGGCACUGUCACCCACAGUGGAAAGGUCACGGUAGAGUCGUUGCGAGAAUCAUCUGGUUGCAGGCCACUAACUGUGGGGUAUAGUGCUGACAGUGAACCUGAGAGCUCCUCAGGCAGUGAGAUGGAUGAAUCGUUAAGACAGGCAAGCAAGAGACUGCGAAGGCUGCUACGUACUCGUCUCCCACCAGAUGUGGAGGAGGAGUCUUUUAUCAGUGCUGAUGAGGGUGACUUGCAGCCACCUGACCCACACUCAUAUCGUGAGGAUGACCGAUACAUCUAUAUUCGCUUUGACACCCGCUCUGAGGCUGAAGUUGCAUCGCAGCGUUUCCAGCAGAUGUUUACACAACAAGGAGUGCCUGUAGAAACCACUAUUCUUGAAGCAGGAGCUAAGAUCGAGUUACGUAUCAUGAAGAUGAGCUUCACCCAAGAUGGCUCCCAAACCCCAACUCAAGAUCGACAACUACCUGCUUUUAUGACUGGAGCCCCUGCAGCACCAGUCUUCUUGACACAGCUCCAAAGCCAGGAUGUCCCUGAUGGAUAUCCAGUCAGCUUUGACUGUGUGAUCAUCGGCAAACCCCCUCCCAGUGUACGGUGGUUCAAAGAUGGGAAAAUAAUAGAAGAAGAUGACCACUAUAUGAUCAAUGAAGACCAGGAGGGCUGCCAUCAGUUAAUCAUUACAGCUGUGCGGCCAUUUGAUAUGGGCGUGUACCGCUGUGUGGCUGAGAAUGACAGUGGCAUCGCUUCCAGCAAGACAGAGCUUAGGGUGGAAAUGUCGUGCAGCUCAGACUAUGACACUGCAGCUGAUGCCACGGAAACAUCUUCCUACGUCAGUGCUAAAGGAUACAUAUCCAGUUCUGAGCACAGAGACACAGAAGCCUUUGAAUCAGUGUUGGAGGAUGAACAGCUCCCUCAAGUGGUGGAUGAGUUACAUGACCUGUACUUAAGUCCUGGAGCACCCAAUGCCAAGAUGAGUGUCAGAGUCAAAGGAUUCCCUACACCAAGAGUUUAUUGGUUCAAAGAUGGGACACCACUGCAGCCAUCUGACAGGGUUUUAGUUUCAACAGAGAGAGACAUUUACAGUCUGGAGAUUGUAGAGGUUAAUUCCGAAGAUAGUGGGGAGUAUUCCACCUACAUCAGCAAUGCAGCCGGCUCUGCGUACUCCUCUGCUCGUAUGAUUGUAUUCGGUCCUGGGCAGCGCAUACCUGAGCAUGUAAAAAUCAGAGAGUCAAAAGAACCUCUGGUGCCCCCUCGUUUUCUGGAGAGAUUUUGCAACAGGACAGUGAAACAGGGAGCCUGCAUCACGCUGUCAGUCAAAGUGGAAGGCUCUCCAACUCCCUCCAUUAACUGGCUGAAGGAAGAGCCUAUGAAAGACGUUGUUUGGAUAAAAUCAGAAACACCUGGAUACACGGUGGCCAGUUCAGGGUGCCAACACAGCCUGAUCCUGAUGGAUGUAGGGAAGGAGCACAGUGGCAUGUAUACAUGCAUUGCCACCAACCGUGCUGGCCAGUGCGUCAACACGGCUCGCCUGGAUGUGGAACAGGCUGGACCUGAAAGCAAAGUUACACCACAGGCUUUUGGAAUUAAAAUCAGCCCACCAGAUGAAGAGAACAAAGGAGAGGCUAAAAUUCCUUAUCUGGGUGGCAUAGACACAAGAGUUCUAACAGAACCAGAGUUUUUACAGAAACUCACUUCCCAAAUUACUGAGAUGGUAUCUGCCAAGAUCACACAAGCUUCAUUACGGGUGCCAGUCGCUGAUAGUGAUGAUGAGACUAAAACUCCAUCUCCAUCACCGCAUCAUGGACGCUCACGCCCUCCUUCACUCAUCGCAGACUCUUCUUCAGAGUCAGAUGAGGGUGAUGCCAGGGGAGAGGUGUUUGAUAUCUAUGUGGCUACAGCAGACUACAACCCCAUGGGGUUGAGUAAGGAGAGCAUCACUUUAAAGGAGGGACAAUAUGUGGAGGUUCUGGACUCAGCUCAUCCUCUCAAAUGGCUUGUUCGUACUAAGCCCACUAAAACUACACCCUCACGCCAAGGAUGGGUUUCCCCAGCGUAUCUUCAUAAGAAAUUGAAGCUUUCUGCAGAAACAGGUGAUGUUCCUGAGACGACAGGAGAGGAGGUCACUGAGGGAGAAUACAAAAGGAAGCUCUGCCAGAUCAUCCAGGACCUGAUUAGCAGUGAGAAAGAGUUUGUAAGAGAAAUGGAAUUCCUUACAUCCCACCACCUGACACAUAUUGGUAGUGAGAACACCCCAUCUGAAAUCUCCAGUCAAAAGGAGACCAUCUUCCGGAACAUUAGUGACAUCAAGACUUUCCAUAGCAGCGCCUUCCUACCUGGGCUGAUGGACUGUGACACAGAUGAUGAUGUUGCAGUGCGUUUUUUGAAAAAUACAGAAGGCUUUGAGAACUACCUACAGUACUUUGUGGGCCAGGCUCGGGCCCAGGUCACCAGUGGUGAAAAGGAUAUCCACCAGUACUUCAAGGAUUAUGCUGAUUUAGAGUUGGCAGAUAUUGACCCUUCAGAAGGUCCUGUGCUGAGUGUCAGUAGUUAUCUACAGAGACCACUGGACAGAAUCCAGAAUUACAAAGACCUCCUGAAGGAACUAAUCAGAAAUAAGGCAAGGAAUGGACAGAACUGUUGUCUUCUAGAAGAGGCUUACAGCAUGGUUUCUUCACUUCCCACACGUUCUGAAAACACCCACCAUGUCUCCCUCAUUGAGAACUACCCCGCCAAUCUGGAAGCUCUGGGAGAGCCCAUCAGACAGGGUCCUUUUAACGUUUGGGAAGGUGCUCCAGGAAUCAGAACCUCCUCUAGGGGCCAUCACCGCCAUGUCUUCCUCUUCAAAAACUAUGUUAUCAUCUGCAAACAGAAAAGAGACACAAACACAGACACCCAAGCAUACAUAUUCAAGAACAUGAUGAAGCUCACAGAUAUUGAUGUGAAUGAGACUGUGGAGGGUGAUGAAAGGGCAUUUGAGAUCUGGCACGAGCGUGAGGACUCUGUCAGGAAGUACACAUUGCAGGCACGCACUAUCAUCAUCAAGAACUCCUGGCUUCGGGACCUUUGCAACCUUCAGCAGCGCUACAGCAUGCUGGCAUGGAGUCCUCCAGAUUUUGACGCAGUGCUGACUGAUUGCACAGCAGAGUUGGGACAGACAGUUAAACUGGCUUGCAAAGUUACAGGAUCUCCUAAACCAGUAGUGACAUGGUUCAAAGAUGGACGUGCAGUGGAGGUAGACCCUCACCACAUCAUAAUUGAGGACCCCGAUGGCUCCUGCACUCUCAUUCUGGAUAACAUGACAGCUGAUGACUCGGGCCAGUACAUGUGUUUUGCAUCCAGCGCCGCUGGGAAUGCCAGUACCCUGGGAAAGAUCACUGUACAGGUGCCGCCACGCUUUGUGAAUAAGUUACGGAAUGCUACCUUGAUUGUAGGAGAGGAUGUUCAGUUCACUUGCACAAUACAAAGUGCUCCCAGCCCAAAAAUAAGGUGGUUUAAGGAGGGAAAAUUGCUAACAGACCAAGAAAAGUAUCAGACAUACAGUGAACCUCGCAGUGGAGUAGUGGUUUUGGUUAUUAAAAACCCUGGAGAGAGAGACUUGGGCCAUUAUGAAUGUGAGCUGUCUAACCAUCUGGGCGGUGCUAAAUGUGCAGCAGAGCUGGUCCUUCCUACAGUGGCAAUGGCAGGAACUCACAGAGGAGACCAGGCCAUCACUAUUGAAGUAACAGAGCAGGACACUAAAGUACCUAAGAAAACCAUAAUCAUAGAGGAGACCAUCACUACUGUAGUGAAGAACACUCGGAUGAAGCGGCACAUGUCUCCCCACCCUUCAUCUAUGGGAGUCUACCGCUCAGAGGCUUCCACCACAGAAGCCCCACGACAUAGGAAAACAAUGACUAGAAAGCCUGUACCAACCCUAUAUGUAACAGAGCCUGAGGGAGCCACAGCUCAGAACCCCAAAUGGGUGGAAGUAGAGGAGAUUAUUGAGUACAAAGUGAAUAAAUCACCAAAGUUGCCCAGAAGACGAGGUGCUUCCCCCAGCAAGCGACCACCGCCAGAUAACCCAAAUGCUAACAACUCCAACAACAAAUUAGUAGAGGCAAUGCAAGUGUCAGUGGACAGCAUGGACUCUUGGAACAGUGAGGGGAAAAUUUUAACAAAUGAGUAUGAAAAUACUGAAAGCAUUUCAGAAGUGUAUUCUGAUUUUGAGCAGCCAUAUAUCUUGGUGGAAACAGGUACAGAUGAUGGUGGUGAUGAUGAUGCAACCAUAAUUAUUCCAGAGUAUGAGAACAAUGGUGAACUUGGUGCUCAAGACCACAAAAUCUUGGCUGAGAGCAAUAAGGUGCUCACCGUUGAAGACUUGGACGACUAUGUUCCCAAAGAGGGUGAGACAUUUGGUUGCCCAGGAGACUCACAGAUGCAUGCAGAGAAACCAUGUGAAAUUGCUAUUCUACAGAGAGAGAUUAAUGAAACUACUGUAGGACAGCCAAUCCUGCUAACUUUGGAGCGUCCUGUGGCAACCAUGAAACCACAACCGGGCUUUUUCAGUCGCUUUAAAGAGCACUUAUCAAAUGUGUUUACUAACACCUCUACAGUAAGCAAUGUUAAGUCAAGGGGAGAAAAGACUGCACCUAUAUAUGUCAGUAGGGUGGCAUGCAUCCAGUCUGCAACCACUACUGGACCAUCAAGGAGGCACAGAAAGCAGGAAAUAAAGCCAAGAUACUGCUCAGAGGUGCAGAGAGGGACAUUAAAUGGCCCACAGAGCUUUAAAACCCAAGUCUCUGCAAACACAUUCAGCUAUGCACCAAUUGGACAAUCACUUACUUUUCAGAUCACCAAGAAAUAUCAGAAUGAAAAGCAGUAAUCCAGAAGAAUCACCAGAGAAAUUCAAAAUUAUUAUCAGUAUAAUUCAUAUUUUGUCUUAAAUGGGAACAUUUAUCUAUUUAUCUAUUUCAAUUUUGAGGAUAGUUAAAAAAGAGACCAUUCCAGGGUAUUCUAACAUUUUCUAUAUAUUCUGAAAGAUCAGACUAAUUGGGCAAGAAUUAUAUAAGAAUACAGAAUAGGAAGAAAAUUGGUUACUUUUAAUUCUGUCAGCAAAUAUAAACUAUAAACUUAUCCUCUUGAAAAGAAAAACACCUGACCUGGGCCCUCAUUUAUCAACAUUGCAUUGAAAGAUUUGCAUACAUUAAAGUUUAUCUUGUAUUCUAUAGAAGUUAAUUCUAACCAGCUGUGCUCAUUCACUUUAAAAAACAACAAAAAACCCACUGGCUUCUGUCUUGAAAUAAGAAACAAUGGAAUAACCUGUAUUUAAAAAAAGGAACUAGGCUGUUUCACACUGAACAAAUGUUACUGAUUUGUUUCAUGUAACAAUUCUCACUAAAAAAAAAAAAAAAAAAAAAAGAUAAAUGUAUUUGAAUAUGAAGCUGUCGCAGCGUUUCAGGCUGGACUGCAAACACCACUCUGGCAUUUACUGUAAAGCUUUUAGUCUAAUUAUUAUGAACAUAUCUUGAAUAUUACUGUAAAACUUUUUUUUACCUUUGCAAACAAAGUAUGGUCAUUGGGAAGAUUUAACUUUACCAUUCAUGUAAUAGCAUUUUGCCAUUUACUCUUGUAUUUCACAAAUGUCAUGAGUAUAAGCACUAUGCUUAAGCUUAUGAUCUUGAACAAGCAGUGAGACUGAUAUUCUAUGAUUUUUCCGGAAUAAGCUGUGCUUUAAACUACAUACAUUUAACUGUGUAUGGAAAUUGACUAUUAUAGUGCAUGUAUGCAUUUAGGAAUACGUAUAAUCUUGAGUGACAUGCGGUUUUCUUGCAUAGCACAGUGACAUUUUUCAAAAUUUUUGGCUAUGAACUAAACACUUCAGAAAAAAGGGUAUAAAAUGAAUAAAGCUAGGAAGUAUAUUUAUUUGAUUAGCAAUAGAACUGUAAUGGGUUUAAGUAUUUAAAAAAGUCACUAUGAGAUUUGAAUAAAUAGGAUAUUAACUAUAUAUGGUCUAGAUAUAUUUUGGAUUGUAUUUCUUAACAUUAUUCGUUAUCAGAAGUUAUACAAUGUAUUAAUUUUACUGAAUUUAUUUACUAAUAUAUUAAGCAGUGUAUUAUCUAAUAUACAGCUGUAGAGAGCUAGUCAUGUAUUUAACCAAGGAUGUGUUUGUGUGAAGGCAUUUGCUUUUGUGUGGGAGAGAGAGAUAAGGAAAGAAAUUUUGUUUAAGCAUUUGUUUAAUUAUGGAUGACAAUGUCAAACUGCCUUGGAGUGCUCAUUUGUGAAUGACAAACUACAUUUCAAUAAAAUGUAUGUCUUGCUAAUUUUUAAAAUAAUUUGAAUAGAUUUAAAGCUGCAUAUUAUAAAUGCAGAAGUACUUCAAAAGUAAUUGUUGGUAAUACAAAUUAAUAAGUAAUGUAUGUGUAUUAUAUGUAUUUAUCAUUAUAUACAUUGGAACUCAAAUAGGUCAUAAACUCUUGGACUCUGGUUCAACGAGCCAAGUAAAAAUAAAACAGCCUUAGUUGAAUUCUA